AUGACCCAUCCCAAGUGGAUCAGUGCACUGUGGUGCCCGCUAAGUCAACUUCCUUCAAGUGGAAAGAAUGAAAAGGGCGACAGACAAAGAUACAGCAAAGUUAACACCGACAGACUACUGCACCAAGUCCUGGCUCUCCCCUUGUACCUCCUCCUUCUCCUCCCCCUGAGCUGGGCGGAUGUGGAAGAAGUGCAUAUUCAGGUGACGCAGCAGUGUCGCGAGGAGACGGUCAAGUGUCUGGAGUCGUGGCAGUGCGGCCUCACCACCUUUACCGUGACGACCGGUGAGAGGGUGGAGCUGGACUGCUUGGUGGAGAACACCAAGAUGGUGAAGAAGCUCUCGUGGAGGGUGUCAUGGUAUUACGCCCCGGGUGUGAUCAGCUCCAACGACAUGCUCUUCGUCCGCUGGCACAGUCCAAGGCUGGACCUGCUGGUUCUGGACCCGGUGGAGGAGGAGCACGCAGGUACAUACCGCUGCGAUGUGCUGGACGCCAACGCCAGGAACCUGAAGAUGGCUUACUGGGGGGUCCGAGUGCUGCCCAGAGGGGUCUUGAAUCUGGAUUAUGACCACGCUGAGGGUGUGUGGGAGCUCGGCUGGAUGAACCCGACUGUGCCCAUCUCCAAGGGCCUGUGGGUGAUCUAUGUGAUGCUGCCACUUCUGUGCAUAUUCAACCUGGCGGUGAUGCUCACCCUGGCGGUGAUGGUGAUAAAGAACAAGGGCUCGGACCGCGUGGACGACGCCGUCUGCGACGAAGAGACGUCGGAGGGCGGCUCGCUUAAGAGCGAAAGCACGGUGUGACUUUAGCGAAAUCAGGUUAAGCAAACAUCACUUUUAUAUUGUUUGAUUACAUUUUAUUUUACUGUGUGUGUGGGUUCAAGUUUCAAUCCCUUUCAAUCAACAUUGGUUGUUUGCAAAAUGUCUCAUUCAAAAGUCAACAUUAGACUAACGAAAUGCAUUAAGCGCUGUGUAUUCCGAGGAUUUAGCUGCUACACUUGGCGACAACUUGGUUUUAAUGCAUAAAAGUGAUGUGAAAAUAAAAACGGGGGUGCAAAACUGCUCAUUUCCUCCUUAAACCUGCACCAACCUACAUUAGGUUUGCUGUUCCACAGUCUUGAAGAAUCCCAUUUGGAAUCCAUUUAGACUAGAUAUUGAAAAUUUAUAU